AUGUCGUCUGGUUUGAAAGUGAAGGAAUCGGCAUGGUGCAGAAAGGAAAGUGAAGAAGUGGAACCGGUGGUGUCAUUUGCUGAAAUAAUGAGCGAAGAAUUGGCGGAACAACUUGAGGAAGAAGAUGCAAAUGGUCUCGAUCCGUCCAUAGCACAGUACGGUUUAAGCCCCAGCGAAUUAGCGCAAUGUAAGAAUGAUCUAGAGCUCGCCAGAAAGCUGCAAGAAGAAUUUGAUCGGGAAUAUGAAAUGAGUUUAAAAUCAGCAGGAGGAAGAGAAGUUGGGGCAAAGAUUGAGUUCGGGUUUGAGCGCUAUCGUCCUUCUUAUGAUAGUGAUUACGAUUUGGAGGAGGAACUGAGUGAAGACGACGAGGAUUUACGAGAAAUCGCUAUUGAUUUAUUUUACUCAAGACCAAAAGACGAGUUUCCAUCGAGCGGCUAUAUGCGUGAUGCUUCAGGACAUUUAAUUACAAAACAUAAUAAAGAAAUCGCUGAGAGACGUAACUCCGAAAAAGUGAUGCACCUUCCUAUUGAUAUUCCUACUGGCGAUGUAGUCGGUGAAAAGCUGAGUAACAGAGUUUACAAUAGACUGCGUAACUACUGCAAAAUUGAACAAAGAAGGAAUGUUCGUGUGAAGGAUAAGGAUGAAAAAGCAACAAAUGAAUUAAGCUUGGACAAGAUCACUCGCUUGAUAAUCUAUAGAUUUAUCACUACUGGUCUUUUCGAUGUAAUCGAAAAUGUUAUUGCAACAGGCAAGGAAUCGGUAGUUUUGCAUGCAACAGCAUAUGCCGAUGGAAUUCGACUUUUGGAAGAAAGACAUUGUGCUUUGAAAGUUUACAAAAUGACGUUGUCGGAAUUCAAGAAUAGAUCAGAAUAUGUCCAAGAUGAUUAUCGUUUCAAAAAUCCACGACGAGUAUUGCGGAUUUGGGCCGAGAAGGAGUACACGAAUCUGAAUCGGAUGGUGCGAGGAGGUGUGAAAUGUCCAAAACCGAUCCGUCUUAGAAAACAUAUCAUGAUCAUGACAUUCAUUGGCUCUAAUGGUAUUGCAGCUCGUAAACUGAAGGACAUCAAAUGGAAUGAUCAGGAAACUAUAUAUAACACAUUUUUGCAAGUGAAAGUGGCAGUGAUCAAAAUGUUUACUGACUGCAAUCUUGUACAUGGUGAUCUCAGCGAGUUUAAUAUCCUUUAUCACGAAAACGAUGUUUACAUUAUUGAUGUGUCUCAGGCGAUGGACAUCUCACACCCUCGAGCAUUGUUUUUCUUAUUGCGUGAUAUCGACAAUGUUUUAGAAUUUUUUGCAAAAUUGGGUACCAAGAACUUGCCAUCGACAACCGAACUAUUCAACGAAAUUACUGGUCUGAAUAUGGAUCCAAAGAAAAAUCUCGCAGUGCAGGUUGAGGUUGAACAUUUUGAAAAAGAUAAUCGCAAUGUUCAGUUACGUUGUGAUAAAGCAAAUCCAGCCGACAUGGAGUUGCGUUUGUAUGAUGCUGAAGUUGCAGAAACACAAAAUGACCCAGCAGAACCGUACAAUUGA